UAGUAGCCUCCACAUAUUUGUCGUCUUGUACCAUUUAUCUCCAUAUCCCAUCUCUUAAACAUGGCGCCUUUCACUUCUCAUUCCCAUUACCGCAACAUCCUUCUCAUCGCCUUCCUCUUCCUCGUCAGCACAUGCAACGUGGCAGCCAGGGCAUCCUCGAGCUCCGAUCUGGCGGCUCGGCUACUGAAACUGGACGGCGGCGUCGACGUGCUGGGAGACUCUAGUCGAGCUGCACGCGUGCACGGAAGAGGUAAUACUGUUCUUCGUCAACGGCGAGACGACUCACUUGGGGAAGCGUUGUUGCCGGGCCACCCGCACGAUUACGGAGCACUGCUGGCCGUCGAUGAUGGAGUCGCUUGGGCUCACCACCGAGGAAGGUGAUAUCCUCAACCGCUACUGCAAAACGACAACUAGCACUGUUUUUUCUUCGCCUCCUCCUCCGCCGCAGGUGGUGGUGGUGACGCCGCCGCUGGCUGCGGUGGUGUCCGCUUUCGGAGGCUGAUUAAUAAUAAUAAUAAUAAUUA